AUUUUAACCUCCACAAGCAAUAGAUUCGUCAAAUAAAAUCUGGUUACACUGACGGCGGCACAAUCACAGCUUAACAUAAAAAAUAAAUAAAGUAAUUUAUGUACAAUAAAACAACACAAUUGUCAAAGUGAAUGCAUUAAAUAUAUUUACAUUACAAGAUCAUAACUUAAUCAUAGAUUGAACACUAAAGUAAACACCUAAAAAAAAGACAAUUCACGAAAGCGAGGUUCGUAAUAAAAAAUGAAAAUAACACGUUACAAAAAAGUACAGAAAUAUCUAAAGUUUUAUUACAACAAUUAUGGAUUUCAUCAGCCGUACCAAGUCCUUAUCGAUGGUACAUUUUGUUUCGCUGCAUUCAAAGAGCAUAUUAACAUCAGAGAGCAAAUUCCCAAGUACCUAAACAGCCAGGCUAAACUACUGACAACGAGAUGUAUAAUUAUAGAAACAGAAAAAUUAGCAAAGAAAACACAUGGAGCUCUCACAAUAUUAAAACAGUUUGGUAUUCAUGAAUGUGGGCACAAAGAACCGGUGGCUGGAUCUAAGUGCAUAAUGUCCAUGAUUGGUAAGAAGAAUGAAAAGCAUUAUAUCUUAGCUACCCAGGAUCGAGAUCUGCAAUCCAAAUUAAGGGAAAAACCUGGAGUUCCUCUGCUAUAUCUACAUAACAAGUCACCAACAUUAGAGAAACCAAGUAGUGUGAGCUUUGACAAAGCAGGUCAAGCUCUGGAAACCAAUGAACAUAUUUUUAUCACUGAGAAUCAGAGUGAAACUUUGAAGCAGAUGAAAAAGAAAUUAGGUGUUGAAGAAAAGGUUGAAGAACUGAAUGUCCCUAUUAGGAAGAAAAAGCCCCAUAACCCUAAUCCUUUGUCUUGUAAGAAAAAGAAAAAUAAACCAAGCAGACAAGGAACAAAAAAAGAAAAUGUGACUGAAGGAAAAGUCCGGAAAAGGAAGAAAAAUAAGUUUCCGAAGCAUUUAAAAAAUGAACUUAAAAGUGUUAUUAGUCAGUAAUGUAUUAUUUAAGAACUAAAAUUAUUCUUUAUUUCUUUGAUUUGAUAUUUGCUGAUUUAAAUAAAAGAGCUUUAAUAAAUCAGAAUCUACCAAGAGAA